AUGAACCACCCCGACCCCGCGAACGACCCCCCAACGGCCAAUGUCCGCCUACGCCCCCCCCUCACGCCCACUCCGCACAUUCCCCAGCCACUAAAUCCGUCCAAUGCACGCGCCUUCAGCGCAGUCUGGGAGAACGAGAUUGCACGCGUGAUGCUCGCCAGCACGCAGAGCGACGAGGACUGGGAGCGGCUUCGAGAGCGGAGGGCGCAGGCGGAGAGAGCGAGGAGGUGGGUUUCGGAGGAGGAGGUGGCUGCUGCGGGGAUUAUGGGUGGUGGUGUGGAGGAAGAGAGGAUGAGGAGGAAGGGAAUGGUUGAGGGAUGGGGGGAUGGGGACGGGGAGGGGGAGGGGAGUUUGAUAAAUGUGGAGGUGCAUGAUGAGAUGGAUGUAGAUGCGAUGGAUGUGGACAUGGAUACCGACCAGUGCGAUCAGAAGGUGAAGGGCAAAGGGAAAGAGAAUGCAACAGACGAAAACACCCGCGACUGGUUCGUCCGCAUGUCCAGCGCGCCCGAACUGCUGAUGGAGCUGGCGAAAUACAUGGACAUGCCCUCCCUCCUCACCCUUUACAGCAUGUCCCAGCCCUUCAAUAACAUCCUCAACGGCCACCUCUCACACGCGCUACGCGCCUGCGCCGCCGCCCAAGCUCCAGAGUCCUCCCGCGUCUUUCCCUUCACGCUGUACGAGUCGCUCUGCAUGCCGGACCCCGUAGGUAGGCCGCAUCCCAUCCGUAAAGAGGAGGUGCGCAAGGUUCCCAGCCUGCGCUGGCUGCAGAUGGUCGUUCACCGAGAGAAAAGCGUGCGCGACAUCCUGGCCUGCCUCGCUCGGCAGGGCCACCGCACGCCGGCCGGCAUGAGCCUCACUCUCAAGAAGAUGUGGCUGGUUAUGGACAUAUCGACGAGCGCGCGCCGCGCCCAGGUCAUGCACAGCAGAAGCUACUUCACGAAUAUGGAUCUGUACAACAUCCAGCUGUUUGUCGUGAAGCUGGAUAUGCGAUUCAACGACCCGAUUGAUGGGCCGGCAGACGAUCACCUGCGUAAGCUUAUGUUGGGGCAGAAGGGCUUGACGCCGCUACGUAGGAUGUUGAGGCGGGAGAGGUUCACGAAGGAGGUGGAUGUUAUCAAGGCGGCGAUUCGAUAUGAUUGGGCGCCGCCGGAGGAAUAUGCGCAUCUGAGUCUUUUUGGGAUAGGGUACGAUGAGGUCGGCACGGGACAUCUUGAGGGCUGGGGCAAGGGAAACGCGCAUUUGGAUCGGCCAGAUGAGCUGGUGGUGAUGGAGAGCGUGAAGAGGGGAUUGCGUCUGAAGAACCAUAUCAUAGGGAUGAUGCUGUGGGGGUACGUCGAUCCGGUGACAGGGCUGGACACGCCACCGACCGACGACGAGAAGUACAUGUCUGAUGAGGGCGAGAAACCGGAGCACCCACUCAAGCAGGACUACGACUGGUUUGAGAUUGAGCCGCCGGUGUACGAGGAGAGCGAGCAGCUGAAGGAGUCGAACAACCCUAGGUAUGCGAUACAGAAGCAGAGGGAGAGGGAGAAGUCGAAGGAUGAGGAGAAGAGGAUGAGGAAUUUUGAGAGGAGGAUGGCCGGGGGACUGAAGAGGAGGAGGGGGAGGGUGGCUACGCUGGCGAAGACGAUGGUGGUUGACAUUCCGAAUGCGGGCGAGUCGUCUACUGCCACUCUGCCUAUUAUCGUCACUACUCGUCUUGAUGAUCCACGGGAGGGUGCUCAGGAGCGUGGCCAUGCUGCUGCCACCGAGAACGCCGGAACUCGACCAGAGCCCGGCUCUCGACCAAAUCUUCCAGCUCGUCCUCAACCUCCUCUGCCGCCUUUGAAGCCUCGAUCAAGAGCUGCGGUUGAAAUUGCUGCUGUGAGCAUGGCACACAGAAUGAGCCCGGCAAAUGCUUUUCGACCUGCCGCUCCGAUCCAGGCAGUCCAAAACACAAAUGCUCUCGGUAGAGGCCAGCCGAUUAUCCCUCAGCCUGCCGCUCCAACUCAAGCAGUCCAGAAUAUCAAUACUCUCGGUAGAGGCCAACCUAUGCAAGUUCCUGCCGCUCAACAGGCGGGAAUCCAUGGGAUGGGUAGAGCUCAGAAUACUGCGGCUCCUACGGGCCAACAGUUCGGCCCCUCUGCUGCCUCCCAAGCAAAUACUCAGAACUCCCACACUCUUGGAAGUGGCAGAAGCCAAUCACUUCCCGGUCCUACCAACGCUUCACAUAUGGGCACCCAUGGCUUGGUUAGAUCUCAGGGUACCGCCACUCCUGCUGCUCAGCAUUUCAGUUCUCCUGCUACUCCUGCAAGUGGCAGAGGCCAGCCUGCUCAUGGUGCUGGCUCAGCGUCGAAUCAGCAUAUGAGUGCUCUAGGCUCCGGCAGAAGCCAACCGUCUGCGCUUCCUACUGGACAACAAGCCAGUCUCUCAUUUACGUUACAGCCAGUUGUCCAGAGCAUGAGCACUCUUGGACUUGGAAGCAGCCAGCCUUCGCAAUAUCCUUCAUUUUUUCAGCAGAUCGACGAUCUUGCUACAAGCACGUCACCAGCCCUUCGCCCUGCUACUGCCCAGAGCCCAACCACCCAGAGAGGCGCUCAGCACAUGCAAGCUUUUGGAAUGGCUGCUGCUCAGCAUGGUGCCGCAACAUCUCAGGGAGCUGUUCCGCAGACCACGAGACCUCAUCCUCGUGCCGCCAGCCCAGGACUCCAGAAUCCGAAUCCCCUUGGUCUUGGUAGAGGUCAAAUUACCGCGCCUCAAACCACACCCAUCAACUCUACAACUCAGAGUAUCAAUGCUGUUGGGCGUAGGAGAGCCGUUGCCUUCGGCUCUGGCUCCUCUGCACCUUCUACUUGGAUGGGAGGCCGGAAUAGGAACGGCCGUGGUCGCCGUAGAGAAAAUCCUGCGUUUCCUCAGGAUACAUCACCUGGCUCGGCGAACGCUCAACCGUUAACAAAUCAGCAAUCUCAUGAUCCCACUAGAGCUCAAAGUAUGCAUACUCUGAGAAGCGAUCCGGGUUCCGCAUUUGGGCUUCACCCUGCUGCUACCGCCCAAGGCCCAGCUGCCGCUGGCUUUUUCCCUCCUCCGCAGCAGCAACUUCUCCCUCAACCUACUACUUUCUCGGGCACCGUCCAUCUCGGCGCUCAGCACAAUCCUGCUAUGAGAAUUGGUCCGGGCGCUCAGACUUUCGGUGCGCAGCAGCGAGCUCCGACUGAACCACAACUUACGCAGCAACAAGCUACGACUCAACAACAGCAAUUUCCUGCUCCGCAAGCUGCUGCAAUUCCCCAGCAAGCAAUACCUCGGCUUGGGGCGCUGUUUGCCCCUUAUACCACCGAGAUAGAGGUUGCGAUGUCAGGAGUGAUGACUUGGGUGCUGGAUGGUGAGACGGGAGCGCGGAGGAUCAACUGA